AGAAGCGAUUACAGGCUGUUGGAGCUGUGCUGCUACCUUUGCCUUUAACAUUGCCUACAGCAUUGUGCAGAACAGCACACAGAGGGAUUUGGGCUAUUUUGCCACACUUUUUGCUCCAGCACUGGGAAGAUCAUUUUGUAUGAAGUUUAAAAUAAGCUAAAGGCAGCUUCUACCUGCACUGAGCCUCACAGAUUUAUUGUGCCAGGCUACAAACAGAGCAGCUGCCCAAUAAUCUGUCCUUGGUGUGGUUCAGCCGUGCCCAGCACUGACAGGAGAUACAGGACUUCCAGCAAUGUGAGUAGAACUCAACAGGUGCAGUACGGCUGGGGAUUACGUCCUAUACAGAGAGACGGGACAUGGCACAAGUCUGAAUGGUUUAUCAUUAAGGAACGUGGAUUCUCUUGAAUGGAGACGAUCAUGUGGGACCAGAAGCUUAAUGAAUCUUUAGAGAACUCAACAAAUGUUUUUUCAGGCCUUGACCUUCUCUUUGAUCUUAAACCUCUGUUUAUUCCAAUAUACGCCUUGUUGGUGACUGUGGCGUGUCUAGGGAACUGCGCUCUAAUCCUGCUAAUUGCUCUCACUAAGAAACUUCACAACACCACCAAUUUUCUCAUUGGGAAUCUAGCAUUAGCAGAUUUGGUUAUGUGCAUUUUCUGUGUCCCUCUUACUGCCUCUUAUGCCUUUGAGAACCGUGGCUGGCUAUUUGGGGAGUUCAUGUGUCACUUUGUCACUCUAAUGCAGGCUGCCACAGUCUGUGUGUCUGUCCUUUCUUUGACUGCCAUUGCCGUGGACAGAUAUGUUGUUGUGGUUUACCCAAUUAGAAGAAGAAUAGGAUGUAGGUCAUGUAUAUACAUCGUUAGUCUGGUCUGGCUCGUUUCCAUUGGGAUUUCCAUGCCAACCUUCUUUCAUACUCACUAUUUAGAUCUCAAGUCUGCUGGGCAUGACAUGAUCAUUUGUGAGGAGUUCUGGAGGAAUCAGGAGAAGCAGCGUCUACUCUACUCGUGCUCGCUGCUUCUCUUGUAUUACAUGCUCCCGCUAUCUGCAAUCACCAUCUCCUAUUGUGCCAUUGCCUACCACCUGAGAAAGAGAAACGUGCCUGGUGCCACAUCCCACAACCAAGAUAAAUGGUCCAAAAAGAAACAGAAGACAUUCCGUAUGCUCAGUAUCUCUGUCAUGGCCUUUGGGAUCUGCUGGCUGCCUCUUCAGAUACUUAACCUCAUCCGAGACAUUGAUGAAGAAUUUGCAAUUCUAGAUAAGAAUUAUAUUAAUGUCAUCCAGGUGACCUGCCACCUCAUUGCUAUGAGCUCUGCCUGCUACAACCCAUUUAUCUAUGCCUCCCUCCAUGACAAAUUCCGUUUCCACCUGAGGAACUACUUCUUUCAUCACAAGAGAAGAGCAAACACCAUGUCCACCAAGAAUUCGAGACACAACACCUGCUCUACAUUGGCUGACAUUCCAGUGGUUCUCUCAGAAAAGAUAACUUUGCAUGGUCGACUGUGAUUGAAUGUGGUUAAUGGAGUCUGGGUGCUGUUACACAUCUACAACGAGUUUUACAGAAAAGUACUUUUUGAAGAAAUGAGCCUUAGUUGAUGGUGACCAAUCAGGGCCUGAUUACAUAGUGCAUUCUACAUGCUAUAGCCCUGCCUGACAAUAUAUGACCUUCUUUUUACAGAGGGAAUGGAUAUAAAAGAAGUACUGUAAAACACGAAUGGAAAAUGGUGUUAGGGAUGUCAAGAGAUCUCUGAAAUGAGAACGCAUUACACGAAUUUAACGAGGCAACAUAAGUUUAAUGAAUAAAGCUUGUCACAUACA